AUGGCCGCCGCCUCCCCUCACCCAUUCGACCCUCUGACGCCCGAGGAAAUUUCCAGGGCAUCAAAGAUUGUCAAGCCGCACUUUGGCAGCCAAGUGCCCAACUUUCGUGUUGUCACGCUACUCGAGCCCUCCAAAAAGCAGAUGAUUCCGUAUCUGGAGGCGGAACAUGGAGGACAGCCUUUGGGUAAAGCUCCGGAUCGAUGUGCUCGAAUCGAAGUCAUUGUCAAGGGAAGCCGCGGAGAAAACCAGCUGUUUGAGCUCAUUGUGGACCUUGGCAGCGACAGAGUCGUUCACAAGCAACACCAGAACGGCAAGCAUUCUUACAUUGACUCGGAUUACAUGCAGGCGGUUGAAAGGGCAUGCCUCGCGGAUAAGAAUAUCCAAGCAGAGAUUGGCACCCUCAAGUUGCCGCCCGAGGCGACUGUUGUCGUUGAGUCCUGGGCGUAUGCCACGGACGGCCUGAAUGACAUGACUGAACGACUGACCAUGUGCUGGUUUUACAUGCGACUUUUGAACAACCCAGAUGCAAAUUACUACGCCUAUCCUCUCGACCUUUGUGCUGAAGUCUCAGAGACUCUACAAGUCACAAAGACGUACCGCCUGCCAACCAAGCCGAGCGAGAGAGUCAACCAAGGAAAAAAGCCGUACGAUCGCCGCAAAGUGCAUUCCACAGUCACAAGCGAGUAUCAUCCUGAUCUACGCCCAAGCCCAAGGACCACCACUAAGCCGUACCAAGUCGUCCAGCCGGACGGCCCCUCGUUCCAGGUGGAGGGCAACCACCUCGCAUGGGAGAAAUGGAGCUUUCGCAUUGGCUUCAACUACCGCGAGGGCCUGACGUUGCAUGACAUUCGCUAUGACGGCCGCAGCCUCUUCUACCGCCUGUCUCUGAGCGAAAUGUUCGUUCCGUACGGCGAUCCUCGCGAGCCAUUUGCCCGCAAAGCCGCCUUUGACCUUGGCAACGACGGCGCAGGCAUCAAUGCCAACAAUCUCCAGCUUGGGUGCGAUUGCCUCGGCAACAUCAAGUACUUUGACGCUCAUCAUAACAUGCCCUCCGGCGAGCCCCUGAAGCUACCAAAUGUGGUCUGCUGCCACGAGCAGGACGACGGCAUCUUGUGGAAGCACACCAACUUCCGGACCAAGAGCCCCGUCGUGGCGCGCUCGCGCAUCCUGGUGCUGCAGACCAUCAUCACGGUCAGCAACUACGAAUACAUUUUCGCAUGGCACUUUGGGCAGGAUGCGUCCAUCUUGUACGAAAUCCGAGCCACAGGUAUUCUCUCCACUGUUCCCACGGACAUUGACGUCGAGGAAAGGAUUCCCUACGGCACUGUCGUGGCACCAGGUGUCUUGGCCCCCUACCACCAGCAUCUGUUCAGCUUGCGCAUCGAUCCUGCGAUUGACGGCCACAAAAACUCCCUCGUUGUUGAAGAGUCCUCUGCACUUCCCUUCAACGACCCGUCCGUGCACAACCCAUUCGGCAUCGGGUACAUCACUGAGCAAAAGAUUAUCGAGGAAGAAGGCGGUUUCGAUCUCGACUUUACAAAGAACCGCACCUUUAAAUUCGUCAACGAAAACAAAAUCAACCCCAUCACGGGCACCCCCGUCGGAUUCAAGCUUACGCCGUUUUACAGCCAGAAGCUGCUGUCCCACCCGUCGUCGUUCCACGCCAAGCGCUCCGAGUUUGGCGACCACGCCGUCUGGGUCACCCGCCACCAGGAUGGUGACCACUUUCCGGCGGGCAAGUACACCAUGCAGUCGAUGGGCGGUGAUGGUCUGGCGUCCGCCAUCGCCAGGCGUAAGGAAACGGGCACCGCAGAGUCCAUCCGCGACCAAGAUAUUGUCGUCUGGCACACGUUUGGGUCGACGCAUAACCCGCGUAUUGAGGACUGGCCGGUGAUGCCAAGCGAGAAGCUGACGGUUGGACUGAAGCCAGUCAACUUUUUCUCUGGAAACCCCGGUCUAGAUGUUGCUCCGUCGACGCAGGAGGCGAAUAAGAGCGUCUUGUAUACGGGAGACGAAACCGAAGGAGCAUGCUGCACAGUUUAA